AUGAUAUAGUAUACCAAUGCCUGCGAGGACUAUAGCUGAAAGAAAGAGAAGGCUACAUCUUCCUUACACGAAUAAUGGAUUUACGCAUAUCGCACGAAAAUAUUUAUUAUUUGUAAAGGAUAACUAUGAGGGAUGUUGAAUGUGACAGAGAGAUCACGAGAAACAGCAUUAAUGUAAUUUUACUUUGAGUCGAGUAGUCUAGUGUUUUGACGCGCAUAGAAAUGGCGGAUGUUAUAUUUAUCACGCAUUUCGUACUCUUGUUGACAUUCAAAUUAUGUACAGGCGAAGAAGAUAUUAUUGCGUUACAGGAACAUGAUACUUCAUUUGACAAUGAAGAACCAAAUCUGUCUGAACCAUUAGAUCAUAAAUUUGGUAGCAGUACAGUUGGCCAAAAGCUUAUCAAGUGCCAUAUAUGCGAAGAUGUCGAAUGUUCGCUACCUGACAUCUGCGAAAAUGCAAUCACUUGCUGGAAAUCUAGAGUAAGAGAAAUAGAUGGCAAAGAAUAUGGUAGCCGUGGUUGUUAUACAUCAAAGGAUCAUAAGAAAUUUUUGUGUAAUAGAGAAGAAAAUCAAAAUGAUGAACAUACAGGGCAUAUUAAAAAUCUACGAGGUGGUGCUCAAUACUCUAUAGAAUGUUGUCAAACAGAUUUUUGUAAUAUUGGACCAUAUCCUGUAUUGCAUGAUUAUUCAAACAAUUCCAAUAGAGGAUAUUAUGUAUUGAAAUUAACGUUCGCAAUUCUUGGGUCAGUGGCUGGAUUAUUUAUCGCUGGAGGUGUCCUCUUAUAUUUGUUAACGACACGGAAAAAAGAUUCAAUGGCGCCACAUCAAAACGAACUAAUGAUAGAUCCAGACAUCGAGCCUUCCAUGUUACAUUUCUCAUUUCCUUCUUCAACACCAUCCGCCUCUUAUCACCCUCACGAGCUUAGAGCAACAGCUGCUGGUGAUAGUACACUUAAAGAGUACUUAGACGGUCGAAGCUUAACCAGUGGCUCCGGCUCUGGAUUGCCUUUGUUAGUACAAAGGACCUUAGCCAAACAAGUAGCCCUAGUAGAAUGUCUCAGUAAUGGUAGUAGUGGGUUUGGCGGCGAAGUAUGGCGAGGAGUGUGGCAUGGCGAAAGUGUAGCUGUAAAGAUUUAUUUUUCACGGGAUGAAGCCGCCUGGGCACGAGAAACGGAGGUUUAUUCGGAACUCCUGCCGUCCAGGCACGACAACAUUUUGGGAUAUGUCGGUAGUGAUAUGACUAGCAGAGGCAGUUGCACCCAACUUUGGCUAGUGACUCACUAUCAUCCGCUCGGCUCGCUUUUCGACCAUCUCAAUCGAUCGCCGCAUCCGUUAACACAUCAUCAAACACUUAAUAUCUGUGUUGGUAUCGCUAACGGUUUGCUUUAUCUGCAUACGGAGAUUCAUGGUACUAGAGGCAAACCAGCUAUGGCUCAUCGUAACCUCAGAUCGAAAAAUAUCUUAGUCAAGACCAAUGGUGGCUGCGUAAUCGCCGAUUUCGCGUUAGCGACUACACAGGAUCGCCUCUCGGCAGAAAGAGUUGACUUACGGCAAGGAACGAGGCGCUAUAUGAGUCCUGAGAUUCUCGAACAAACGAUGAACGUUGAAUGUUUAGAGAGCUUCAGACGAGCAGACGUCUACAGUUUAGGACUGAUAUUGUGGGAAGUUUGCCUCAGAUGUAUAAGUAAUGGUGUAGUGUUAGAAUAUGCGAUGCCAUACAGUGAAUGGCUAUCAAGCAGUAAUCAAGAACCCUCCAUAGAAGAAAUGCGUAAAUUAGUCGUGUACGACCAGCGAAGGCCACCUCUGCCUAAUAGAUGGCAUUCUGAUCCGACAUUGGCUGGGAUGGGAAAACUAAUGCGGGAAUGUUGGCAUGGGAAACCAGCAGCCAGACUACCCAUCCUCAGGGUAAAGAAGACACUUGUUAAAUUAGCAGCUAGUGACUCUCGUGUUCACUUACCUCUCGACUGACCAGCGUUCUUCACUCUACUGAAUUCUCUUUCAUCCGUGU